GGGAAGGAAGUGUGCCUCACAGAUCAUGUGAUGUGCCCUGUCCCCAGCACUGUUCACCAAGAGGCCGUCUGCUGUGAGUGCCAGGCCAAAUUCUGGGGCUGCCUGCCGGUGCCCAGGGCUGAGGCGGUGCUGCCGUACUGGGUCCCUCUGUCCCUGAGACCCCGAAAGCAGAUCCAAAAGAUGGUGCAGUUUUAUAUCCCCCAAACCACUAAGGCAUGCCCCUGCCCAUGCCAUCACUUUGGGGGCCACAUCCCGGUGCCUAGGGAUCAGGCCGUGAUGCCCUACUGGGUGCCCCAGGCCCUGAGGUCUCACAAGAAGGUGGUGAAAAGGCAGCAGAGUUUUAAAAGUGUCCAAGAAACCCCCCUGGACUCGUGCUCCUGGUACAACCGCUGGCGGAUCUGCUGCAACAGGCGUGUCCUCCUCAAGUGGCAGCAGCUCCAGGCCCUUCACCAGGACGAGCAGACGGCUGCGGGGAGGGGAGAAAUCGCCCCAGACUCCUCCUGA